GCAUGACUUCAACGUUGGAAAGCGGAAAUCAAAAACGUAAAACUAAAGUCUUCAAUAAUGACGCGAAAGUUCAGCGGUAUUCUACCCGGAAGAAGCCAAAUAAAUUAACAACAAAGCAGAAACUGGUUAGGCAAAAUCUCGAAAAUCGCAAAAAAUUUGAUCAAUUAUGCUUAGUCUGGCAAGAAAAGUUGUUCGAAACUAUAGACAUAGAUGUUUUGCGCGAAUCAGCAAAGUACUUGUCGCCGCAACAUUAUUUUGAAAUCGUUGAAGAAAGAAAUGCAGACAACUUGUGUGGGUACCCGAUUUGUAAUAACAAUCGUCAAAAAAUUCAAGGGCAAUUUCGAAUCUCUAACCGAUCAAGAAAGAUUUAUGAUAUCACCGAGUUAAAAUGUUAUUGCUCAACUAUUUGUUUUACAUCGUCCAAGUUUUUUGCGACGCAAUUAUCCGAGGAACCUGUGUAUAUGAGAAAUUUGGAAAAUUGGAAAUCAGUUAAUGUUAUACCGUUGGGUGUAGAUAUAAGGGAAAUCAUUAAAAACGAAAAUUCUUCUGGUAAAUCGCGAAAUAAAGAGGACAGUAGAUCAAAUUAUGUUAAGGAGAUGUUAGCUAAUCUUCCACCUGCUCCUCCCGGAUUAACUAUAAAGGAAAAAGACGAUAAUGAAAUUGAAGUGCCAUCCGUACCAACUUCAACUAACGAUACUAAUGCACAUGAUGCUAUUGAGGGAUUUCGUAUAGAUUUUCAGAAAUUGUCGAUUUCAGAUAGUAAUGAUAGUAAUAACAAGCCGACAACAUUAGUAUUAUCAAAGGAAAAGCAAGCUACUAAGGAUGAUGAUAUACCAAAAACUGAUGAGGAGGCCUAUGAAAUGGCAAUGUCAUUAGCAAAUUCCAUGUUUCGUAAUGGAAAAUUUCAUUACAAAGAUAAUGAAGAGAAUGAAAAUGAUCCAGUUGAUUUAUUAUCAAAAUCAACUUCAGUAAGGACAAAUGAUUCAGUUAAAAAAAGUAAAAAGUUGGUUAAACAGCUUCAACCAACUUCUAUUGAAUUUAAAGAUCCUUUAGAUGAUUAUUCAUCUAAAAGUUCUCGGCCAGCUAAUGAUAUCAAUGCAUCACUACAGCUACCACGUGAAAAAGAAGCUCAUAAAAAGAAAAGGAUUGUGUUGCAAAUGUCAUUAUUUGGAAAAAUAUGGACAGCAUUGGAUAGAAUGUCCACGCCAAAUACAAGGCAAUAUUUUAAGAGUAUAAAUAAUGGACAAUUCAAAAAAGGCAAUGAUUCGGCAAUGCGGCGCAUACCUAUAACGGACGACGAGAAUAUGUUAAUGAGAAUUCAAAUUUUCUCCGAAAAAAUAAUUGAAUGUUUUCAUAUUCUUAGAAAACCUCUUUCCAUUACUACCAGCAUAGAACGUGAACUUAUUGAUUUAAUGUGUACCUUUACAUUUGACACUGCAACAGUUGUACUUAAUGAUUUAGAGAACAAUGUGCUAUGUAUGGUAUUUUUAUACGCGUUAUCAAUGGAUAUCCCUGAGCUGCAUAGAAAUAUCUUUCCCGAAAAUUCACCAGACGUAGAAUGUCAAUUUAAAACUAUACUUGAAAGCAUGAAUCUUACGAUGGAAGAAUUAAAUGCAUUUGUAAGAGUGCUUCGUGUUGGUCCAGUCUAGUCUAAGUUACUUUAAUUAUAUAAUUAAAUAGUUAUUUUAUUAUUUAUUUA